GUUUCCCGAAGAUUGUUCUACAGAUCAGACGUCAGAUAUUUUUCUGACGUGUUUAGCACGGACAGUAGCGACGAGGAAGAACCACCAGUCAGUCCCAAACAAAAAGAGGAUGACGAACCAGCCAUUUCUUGCAUUUGUAGUUCAAGGGCUACGAAGAAGAUGAUCGGGUGCGAUUCGGGGGAUUGUGCGAUCGAGUGGUUUCAUUACAGGUGUGUGGGCUUCACUUCUAAAACUCUACUGGCCGGUCAGUGGAUGUGUGACUGAUGUCGUCUAGAAUCGAAAAGUGUACCUGUACAGCCGGAAGCUGAGAAAGCCACACCCAAAAAAAACAGAAAGCAAGCUGCCUCCAAAAAGAAGUCGAAGGAAGUAGAGAAUUUAUAGAAGAGAUAAAAAAUCAAGAUGUCACAAGGAGAUACUACAGAGGCUCGGUUUCUUCACCUCUUGCAGCCAAUCAGGGACCUGACAAAGAACUGGGAGGUUGAUAUCGCGUCCCAGUUGGAGGACUAUCUCACUGAGAUCGAGGAGAUUCGAAUCACAUUUGAUGGAGGGUCGACGUCGAUGAACUUUGCCGAGGCCGCGCUUCUCAUUCAGGGAUCAGCUUGUAUUUACAGCAAGAAGGUGGAAUAUCUCUAUGCGCUGGUUUAUCAGACCCUGGACCUGCUCUCUAGCAAAAAGAAGUUGCAGCAGCAGUCGUCACUUGAUGAUGAGGGGAAGGACAAAGAUGCCUCAUUUGCAUAUCAAAAGAAUGCUGAAGAAUUUUUAUCCCUUGAUGAUAUCCAGAUAGCCAAGAACAUAGAUCUACAUGUGAAGGAGUCGGAUAUUAACGAGAACUUGGUGAGGAUUGUACCACGGACUCCGCUGUCAUUAUUGAAAAUGGAUGGGCCUGAUGACAUUCCACUCAAAGAUGCCAAGGGGGAGGUUUUAGGCAAGAUGGCUGAUUUCCGGUUGCUGACAUCCGUUAUACAUGGAUCGGGAGCUCUAUUGUUGGACAUGUCUCAUAUGUCGCUACUAGAGGCAUCAAUGAGAAGGUUGCCGAUGUCAACCCCUCUGCCACACCUUGAAGGGGCAGGUAACGAUAACGAUUUCAAUGAAUGGCCUGUCAAUCGACAGCAACCGGAAGCUGAAGGACCUGAGCCACCCAUUAACCACGAUGCUAGCAUGAGUGUUGAUGACGUCGAUAUGGCCGAUUUACCGGAGACGUCAUUUACGGACGAGCCCCAACCUGAAGCAAAUAGGAUGGAAACGCGACGUGAGCUCAGACCAAAGCCACUCAGGUUACGGCCGCCGGUUCAAACAGUUGACCCCUGGAUCACCCUGGACCCUCAUGAGGCUAAAUCCCUUCCAGAAAAACCCUUCAAGAAAGGCAAACCAUUUAAGAUACCAGCCUCAAUACUGGGUACAAGCAGUAAGAAAAGAAAACGGAAGACGACAUCACCAGAGAAACCCCCGUCACAAUCCCUGACUCCCAUCAGUCAGUUCAUCUCCAAAGCAUAUUAUUCCCACGCAUCCAAGUUUCCAAACAGCGCCCUCAAGAGGCCACUAUUUCCCGAGUUUGAUAACUUAUACUACGUUGAGUUUAAAAGACAGCAGACAGCCCGCAGGAAAGAAAAAGAGCUCCUGGCCCGGGAAGGUAAAUUAGAAGAGCUGGCAGAACGAGAGGCGGAAGAUGAGAAUGAUUUCAAUCCGAUCCCAGACCCAGGGGCCAUGGAAGGAGGAAUGGAAGAUUUCGGGGGAGCUGAAGAUGAUGAUGUCGACAAUGAGGGCGGUGUUGGUUUUGAUUGUGCGUAUGGUGUAGAAGACAGACCUGCUGAAGAAUUCCCAAGCACGCAGGAGAUUGUAACGAGUUAUGAAGAGCUGGUGCGAAAACAUGUGGAAGCAUACAUGACUAGUGCUCAGCAGUUCACCCAAGUGACCGAGUUGGCUCAGCGUGUCGGACGGUGGGAGGAUAGAAUCACCCCUAUACUUAACCGAGAGGAAAAGUUUGGUUUCUUUGACAUCCAUGACUACGGGACGAUCGUGAUCAACCGCCUCGAGGAAGUUCAGCAGAAAGAGAAGACGUCAAAUCAAUCCAUCCCGUUCAGUAAGCUCGUUGAAGAUCAACGGGCCCACGAUAUCAGCCGACUCUUCCUGGCAACGCUUCAACUGGCUAAUGCAUACAACAUUGAAAUCAGCACCGAAGGCGAGGACAACUCCAUGGACACGCUAGCGCUGAAGCUACUCAACAAGAAACGACAUAACGAGGAGCUUCAGGAGUAUAGAGCGCCCUCUGUUGACAAGUAGUUGUCAUCCAUCAACGGAAACCAACGUGCCAUUCCAAUCCGGCCUGUAUGCUUUCGUUUUUGAAAGGGCAAAGGCAUCAAGGACUUUUCCUCUUGGUAAAGGGCAUUCUAUCCUAUGAGGAUAUGGUAAAUUUCUGCUGGAUCAUUUCAAGGGCACCAAGGCAAUGACCAGGGGACAUGGAGGCAAUCGCCUUCGUUGUCUCCAUAUCAGGCCUGCCAAUCUUUUUUUGAAGAGAGAACCGAUUUCAGCAGGAAUCCUUGAAUCAACAAGUCUAGACUCAGCUCUGGCAUUUUGAGACGGUUUGCUUUUUCAACACUGGCUUUAAGACUGUGCGAACUGUCAAGACCAGUGCCUAAUUUCAUAGAGCUGCUUAGCACAAAAAUUUGCUUAGCAUGAAAUUUCUACCACGAUAAAAACAGGA